CAACCAGCAACACGGACAGAAGAAAAUAGAGGACAAAAGCGAAAGAGGAGAAGAAGAGAAGAGGAUGCUCGACUCAUCAUGAGUCGCUAUCUCACCCCCUCCAAAGUCGCGUUACUGUGCCUCAUCUCCAUCUACACGGAAGGAGUCGUCCCCAACUCCGCCGCCAUCCAUGUCCUAUCCUUCUUAGUCUCGUGUCUAACCCCGUUAGACCCGGGAGAGCCCGGGUUUUCUAGUGGGAAAUGGACCAAGCAGUCGUCCGUGUCGAUCGCAGACCUUGAGGAAGGCCUCUCCCACCGCCCCUCUUCAAUCCCCGGCCGCUCCGUCUGGGACUUGUUCCUGCGGAAGGCCUGGUCCCUGGACUCGUGCGAUGCCCUGGAGGUCUUUUUUACGGAGAUCUCUGACAUGCUGGUCAAGACCCGUGACGAGCAGAUGCGGGACAGGGACCAGGGUCUGGCCCCCGAGACGGGCGGGAUGCGCUUGUCCCGGUGCUCCCCGCUGGGGGCGUUCGUGCGCAGGGCCCAGCUCGAAUUCACGCGCCUGCAAUUUCACGACUCGGUGAAGCUGUGGAAGGGCUUUGUUAAGUACCGUCUGCCGACGUACUGGAUGUGGGCGAGGCGGAAUCCUAGUGAGGAUCAUGCUCCUGUGGAUAUCAACCUGCUCGCCCUGUCGUUGGAGACCGACAGUCCGCUGGCUCAGGUGGCAUACGGCACUAUUGAUGAGUCGGACUCCGAGGAUGAAACGUACGUGAGUACCAAGGACGUGGAGCGAUUGUUAGAGUUCCAGAUCGGAGAGUUACAGCGAUUGGGAGGCAGAGUCCCCGACGCGAUGAAAACUCAAUUGGAGCGGAUCGUCACGGCGGGCGUGACAUUGCCAAAUCUGGCUCACUAUCUCAAGUUCCUCGAUGCCUGGAGAGCCGGCGAUUAUCCAUCGUCGUUUGACAAUCUCCACCGAUAUUUCGACUACACCAUGCGUAGCCGGGAUCGGAGCUCCUACCAGUAUGCUCUGUUAAACCUGGCCAUCCUGCAGGCGGAUUUCGGGUGCUACGGAGAAGCCGUGUCGGCGAUGCAGGAAGCGGUGUCCAUCGCGCGCGAGUCACACGAUAUGAACUGUCUGAAUUUCUGCAUGAGCUGGCUGUAUCACUUCGGCAAGGCCUUUCCGGAGCACAUGAAGGAUGUCCAGAACACGGGUAUGCUGGGUAAUGAGAAGGAGGGCCUGGCCUUUUUGAAGGCCAAGGCGAAAGAGACUGAGAUGUGGAGUCUGCUAAGCACUACCCUUUUAAGCGAGGCGAAGCUCGAGUUGCAAAAGGGAGAGAGUCUAGCGUCGUCAAUCGAAAACAUCGUUCGUGCGUCCCAUCUGAACGUCACCAAAAAUGUUGCUCUCUCGAUGGGGCCUCAGCUUCUGCUACAGACUUCACUCUACGCACGAAUAGGCGUCUCCCACCUCGCCUGGUUGAAUAGCGAGAUCUUCCUCGAAUGCUACGCCAGUCGGGCUCCGUUUGAGGAUUAUCUCAAGAACACCUUCCGCAGCUGCCAGCUGCUAGCACAACAAGGCCGCUACAAGGAGGCGUCAGCCCGGAUGAAUGACAUCGCCCCGGAGAAGCUCCGGUCGUUGAAAGAGAACCAGCUGUGGACGUUUUUCUCGGGACUCAUGCAGCUCCGCCGACAGAUCUACCGAGACAACCAAAUAGCAGCGGACCACCUCCUCACCCAACUCCAAUCCAUUCAACUCCCCGACACAGACCUCACCCUCACUCUCACCCUCCUCACAAUCGAAUACACAAUCCGCAAAGGCAACCACGCGCAAGCCCUCUCCCUCAUCGAACAAACCGCCCAAUCCCUCCACCACGAAAACUUCGACAUCCACACCCAGAUCCAACUCCUCUGCCUGAAAGCCCGCAUCCUCGACAAAACCAGCCAGCCCCAGCGCGGCUUCUCGCUCGCCAUGCGCGCUGCCAGCAUCGCCCACCGCGCUCGCCUCCUCCCCGACCUCUGCGACGCCGUAUGCGCCCUCGCCGCCGUGCUCCUCAGUCUGCGCGAGUUCACCGCUGUCGCUGCUAUGCUUGAGAGCGUUAUGCCGCAGGUGCUGGAGGCAAACGAUGCGGCUCUCGCUGCCCGCGCUUACUCGCUUCUCGUUGAUGCUAAUAUGGGUGUGGCGGGCUCCUUGCGCAAAGCAGCUGACCCCGCUAAGAAGGAGUAUAUGAAUCGCGCGCUUGGGUACCUUGACUGUGCGUAUGAUCAGUUUGAGGAGCUGGAGGAUAUCCGCGGCCAGUGUGAGAUGAUGGCUAAGAAGGCUACUGUUAUGCAGCUGUCUGGGGACCUGGUGCUGGCGAAUGAUUAUGCCGCUAAGUAUUUGGAUUUGCGGAAGCUGGGGGCGGCGGAGGUGGUGUGA